CUGUCCACGUGAUUGUUUGCCAGCCGCUGUUUCAGGAGCAACAUGUCUUCUCUUAGCCUCAGUAGGCUGCAACGAAAUAGAAUUUGCGGCACUGAAUUUUGUGGAAGAGCUCCAAUGUAUACGUUGCAGUUGUUAAAUGUGGCAGUGGCGGUAUUGUUUCUGUUUUCUGCAUUCUGUGCCUGUGCUGCUCCUUCAUCAGAUGUAGUGUUAAGGUCUGUGGUACUUGAUCCGAGUUCGGGGCAGCUGAAAGUGGUGUCUGGGAUCGAUCCUAACUUCAUUGCGUGGGCUAAGUUCUCUGACAAAAUACAGCAGACUGGGUGGUCUUUCCUGGAGGUAACAACCAGUGACAAGUACAAUGAUAGUCUACAGGCUUAUGCAGCUGGAGUGGUGGAAGCGGCAGUUACUCAGCCGCUUAUUUACAUGCAUUGGAUGAACACCAUGAUGGGUUACUGUGGUCCUUACAAGUUCCAGACAUCCUACUGCAAAUUGUUGAGAAAAUAUAUUGAGGACAACCUGGCAUGGAUGGAAAAAAUGAUGGCGUCUGGGGAGGAUCCUGAAUAUUGGCACCAGGUGCGACUGAUCCUUUUACAACUGCAAGGACUGGAGGACAGCUAUAAUGAACACAUUGCUUUCCCUUUUGGCUCACUGUCCCUCAACCCCUUUGGAUUUUUUCUGUUUCAGAUAGGUGGAGAUCUUGAAGAUUUGGAAUCAGUGUUGAAUAAAACUGAAAAGAAACGCGUACUUGGCUCUGGGUCUUGCUCGGCUCUUGUUAAACUGCUGCCAGGUAAUGCUGAUUUGCUGGUAUCCCAUGACACCUGGUCUUCAUAUCAGACAAUGCUGCGGAUUGUGAAAAAAUACAACUUUGCAUACAGGACAUCAUUAGAAGCUGAAUCAAAAAUAGCAGGAAAUGUUCAAGCAUUUUCAUCCUAUCCUGGUUUCCUGUUAUCGCAAGAUGACUUCUACAUAUCAAGCAGUGGGCUGGUUACCUUGGAAACUACAAUUGGCAACAAUAACCCAGCUCUGUGGAAGUAUGUCCAGCCUGAGGGUACUGUGCUGGAGUGGAUCCGUAAUAUGGUAGCAAACAGGCUAGCCAGUACUGGCUCUGAAUGGGCUUCUGUCUUCAAGCGUUUCAACAGUGGAACAUACAAUAACCAGUGGAUGAUUGUGGACUACAAAUACUUCAGUCCUGGCAAACCUGUUAAACGUAAUCUCUUCACUGUUUUGGAACAGAUUCCUGGGUUUAUUGUGUCUGAUGAUAAAACUGAAGAACUGUUCCAGAAGGGUUACUGGGCAAGCUACAAUAUUGCCUACUUUGAAGACAUAUUUAAUGCUAGUGGAAUGCCGGAUUUAGUAAAGAAGUAUGGGGACUGGUUCACCAUUGACAAGAAUCCUCGGGCGCAGAUAUUCCGCAGGAACCAGACGCAAAUCACUGAUAUUGAAUCCAUGAUUAAACUAAUGCGGUACAAUAAUUUUAAGAAUGACCCAUUGUCGAAAUGUCAAGGCUGUGACCCACCAUAUAAUGGGGAAAAUGCUAUAUCUGCUAGGUCUGACCUGAACCCAGCCAAUGGAACGUAUCCCUUUGGGGCAUUAAGUCAAAGACUUCAUGGAGGCACUGAUAUGAAGAUUACUUCCUUUGAGCUGUACAAAGCCUACAAGCUGAUUGCCAUCAGUGGUCCAGCUUAUGAUGAGGUACCACCCUUCCAGUGGAGCACAUCGCCCUACAAAGACCUGAUUCACAUGGGACAUCCUGACCUGUGGCAGUUUCCUGAGGUGAAGGUUGAGUGGGACUGGUAACUACAUGCAAAGGAGAAAAAGAAAAAGAAAGAAGCACUUUCAACUGACUGAACUGGAUGACGCUUUAACCUUUGCUAGAUGAACUACUGGACUAGAAGAUCGAAUGAAUGUUGAUGCAGACAAUAAGAGGCUUAGUUUCUGUAUAAGAAGCUCUUUACUUAACUGCUUGAGUUUUGCAAGGGAUUGUGCAGAACUGAUGUAUGUUAACUUUCCAUAUUCUAAAACAUUUGUUGCUUAUGCUGUGAAAAUUACAUUUUUUUCAGUGAAACUGAUCAGUACAAACAUCUUUAGUGGCUAAAAUUAUGCAAAGACUUGUUACAGUUAAGCAUUAUACUUCACAUUAGUAUGAUAAUUCACAUGAGGAAGGAAAGCAUGCUCGCUUAAGUACAGCAGAGUGUAGUGGUGCCUUUCUCUACAAGACAGUUUUUCAGAGUUUGGCAGUGAUAUUGUAUUAACUGUACAAAAUCAAUUGGAGAAUUGUUAUACAAAUUAUGUAAAACUGAUUUAAUUUUACACAUUCAAAAGUAAUAAACAGAUAUUUUUGUUUUUAUAUUUUAAUAGCUAAAUUACAGUUUUCCUCUCUUUUUCAAAUGUUUUUCUAAUUUUCCAGUGUAAUACAUUAGAGGUGUCCCUUCUUUUGCAACAUGGAUGCGAGAUGUUACGUCAGCAGUGUUUUCUUGCAUGUUGCCCAUCUCCCUCCUCCCUCCUAUGCUGCAUCAUGAAACAAUAUUAUGCUCCUUUUGUCAUCUGAGAAUUAUUUUAAAUAUCCAUGCUUUGUCCAUUUUUAAUGUUUCCCAUUAUGAUAUGUUUGUACAUUUAUAAUUUUUUCCAUUGUGCUAUGAUUCAGCAAUGUUCCAGUUCUAAGGCAUAUUGAGAAACAUGAAUGGAAAAGGGCAUUUGUUUAAUGUACCCCUAAAUCCAGUGCUCUGUGGAGUUUGCUGUUACUGCUCGUCUUGCACUUUUUUUUCUGAUCAGUGAUGCAGUGUAUUUUGUUCAAUAAGCAGGGAUGAUAUAAAAGAGCAGUCAGAUUUUAAUUGAAUGUGACCAUUUCAGAGCUCAGCAGACUGGUCUUGCAAAAAUGUAUUGCUUUAAAAUCCCAAGUGAUAUGUGAAAAUAAACUGUGCAUCCUACCUUUUUUUAAAAACAGUAUAUUUUACCAGUAUUUGAUAGAAGAAAGGCCCAGACGUUAAGUACAUUUGUUGUUAUACAUCUAAGAUGUCUGGUGUUCUCUCUGUCUAGAUCAUUCACCUGAUGGAGCAUUGCUAAGCAGUAAUGUACACUGUGUAUAUAUUUAGUAGGCUGCAAGUUGACUGAAUGGAGUGAAUGUUGUCCAUGUACAAAUGUGUUCCAGCCACAUGUAAAAUCAGCAGAAGAACGUAAAAUGCAUCAUAGAUUUGCACGACCCCAGAAGUGCAAGCUUCUGCCAUGGCUUAGAAUAUUUAUGAACCUUGCAAUAGUUUUGACUGGCUUAUAACAGUGGUCUGUAAUUGCACUCCUGUGAAGAAAUUGCAUCUGCCCUGUUGUCAUUUUGUACACUCCACUGGAGAGCAUACUGGAAUUGUUCAUAGUCCAGCAAAUUCAUUUUCUGUACUUCUGUACAAUAUUUUGAGUCUUUCAAAUGGUACUGUAACAUCUAGGUUCCUCAGUUCCAGCUGAUUGAAGUUUUGUGUGUUUAAAUCUUUUAAGUAUUUCUUUGGGUACUACACGACUCAAGUGCACCCCUCCCAAAAAAAGCAUAGCAUUUCUCAUACAAAUACUGAUUUCACAUUAAAUCUGCAGAACAGAUCAUCACUUCCUAAAUGUUUUUUACCUUUACUCUGAAACACUUAAAAUGGGCCUUAAAUGUAUUAAAUUACUAGAAAUAUUUUCAUGGUCUUCAUAGUGGACAGUUUACUGUUGAUAGCUUUUAUUACAGCCAUUUUUAUAGAAAACUGAAGGCCCUGGUCAGACAUGUUAGAGCUUCCUCCAGAGUUUAAUCUAGCUACUAAUUAAGUGCUAAUAAUAAAAUAUUUUAGAUAUUUUGGCAAGGACUCUUCAUCUAACAGCUGUCACAAGGCAGGUGAUAAAAUGCAUCACUGACACAAACUCUGGCAAGUACAUUUAUUAAGGAUUUUUAUACUCCUGCUUCUGGUAAUAGUGUCUUGGCUGGUCAGAUGAAUGAUGCAAUUUGCAGUUCUUCACCAAUUAUUACUUCUGACACUUGAUAGAGCCUUGAAAUUGAUUAAACCAAAUGCAAUGUUUGGGCCAGACUAUUUAUUUUGCUUUUUCUCUAAGUAAUAUUUCUGAUGGCUUGUUGCCAAGUUUGGUUGACCUGUUUCAAAACUCUCUAGAUUAGUUAUUUACUUAUUUAAUAUUUUGAAAAAAGCUUACAUUAUUCCAAUUUCUAAAGGGAGCCUGGGCUUUACUGUGCCAGUUUACUGUAAAAUUAUUUGAGCAUAUUCUUUGGUACUUUGUUUUAACAAGGACCUUGAGAAAGAUAUUGAUAUUUACCAGCAAUGUUUCAAAUCUAGUUAUUCUUCUUUAACCAACUUGCUUAAUUUCUACUUUAAUGUUCCUAUAGCCCCAGAUGAGGGUCUUGCAGGUGACAUAAUUCAUGACGACUUUGCUAAGGCCUUCCAAUUCUGUUUCUCAAGUAGGAAUUGUGCAUGUAUUAGAACAAUUUAAUAUUGAUACAUUAAAUAGACAGUUGGUAUCUAAGUGGUUGGAGGGUAGCUAGAUGAUGCAAGGUUAAAAUCAAGGAUUGCUAUUCCAAUUCUAGGCUAAUUAGGACAUCUUAAGGGGUCAUUUUGGGCCCUCUGCUGUGUGGGUUGUUUGCCUGCAUUACACAAUGAAUGUAAUGUAUGGUUUAUCAAAUUUGCUGAAGAUGUGAAAAUGGGUAGUAUUAUAUAACUAGCUGUUUCCAUAGCAGCUUGCAAAGCUAUUUAGGUCAGCUUUUGUGUUCCACAAAAUUUGACAGGAUGUUUACUAUCAAUAAAUGUUCUAUGCUGCAUCUUGAUAGUAAAAAUAAUGCUUAUCCCUAAGCUAUUAACAAAUUGGUUUUGUCCAGUAUAAAUUGUCAGAGAUUGAGGGGUACUGGUUAGGUAAUGGACUUAAAUUUGAUGAACAUGUAAAGAUUUUAUUGAGGAAGCUCUGUGAGUUAAUUAGUAAUAUUUUACAGUGCUCUAGUAGUAAGGACAAUAAGAUACUGAUCCCAAUCCCAUUAUUCAAGACAUCAGUGAGACCUGUUUUGUUGUAGCAUGUUUCAUUUUGUAUGUUAAAUUCUUCCCAGGUUAGGAAAUUGGAGAAUAUUUAGCAUAGUUGUACUAGGCACAUUAAUGGUAUGAGGCUUGAAUAUCAGGACAAACUUAAGCAACAUUUAUCAUUUUCUGUAAGUUACAGAUUACUGUGUGAUGAUUUGAUGCUGAUUUAUACAUUUUUGAAAGUGAACAAUUGACAUCUACUAUAGGAAUUAACCUUUUUCAAUACAGUUUUAAGACUAGGAGUCAAAAAUCUUUUUGCUCAUUUGCCAUGGUUUAGGUCUGCCACCUUAGCUUUGUUUUUUUUUUCAUAUAUAUUAGGGCUACAAAACUCGAAUUUCUUCUUUUCAGUAUUAGGACUGGGUAGUUUGGAGAGUUAUAAAAAGGCUGUUGACUUUUUUGGAUAGGUGAUAGGGUAUUUGAACCUGGCUUACAUUUUGGCAACUUUUAAAUGGCCCCUAGUAGUCCCUGAGUUUUGUAAUUUGAACAUUGAACAGUAUUGGCAGAAAAGCCUGUCUGUUCAAUUACAUAUUUACCUUGCCAUUUGAGAAUAGUGUUGAGAUGUCCAUAUGUAAUAGAGUUCCAAGUUGUUAUGAAGCCUAUUGCCACUUUUAUUGCAGAAUUUUGAGUGGUAAUAUUAUAAUUAGUUUUUGUCCUAGCACCUGGAAGCUCCUGUGAUCAGAGCAGUACCCCAAGGCUCUCCCUUGCUUGCAUUUUGUACUAAUACCACCAAACAAAUUUAGACGUGUGUCCGAAUAGCUUUAAGCUAAUUGAACCAGCAGGUCAAGCCCUGAGCUUAACAUAGAUCUUAAGAGAUUUUUAUUUUUCAAAAUGCUGCAAAAGAUUCUCCUGUAUAAUCAAAAAGUGACAUGGUGAUUCUUGGUUCUUCUUCAAAUGAGAUUUUCCUUUACUGUGCAAUCUUUUCAGAAGAUUAGCAAAAAUUUGCAGAAUUUUGAAGCAUCAUUCUAUGGCAAACAUUCUAUGAUCAACACUUGAGGUUUUAUUAUUUGGGAAAACAGUUGACAUGAUAGUCAGUUUGUAUAGUAACAUAAUUUUCUGGGGUGAAUUGAAACAUAAAGCAAAGUAGUGUCUGUCUUUUGACCUCCCACACAAGUGACACUGCUAAUCUUGCUUAUUUGUAAUUGUAGUCAUUGUUUUUGUUGGUGUAGAUGUAGCAGUGACAUUGCAUAACAUCACCGUGCUGUUGGCUUUACAUUUUUAAUUCAUAAAAAUGCAGUUGUGCAUUUUCGUACAUAAUAGUAAGGCUUGUGGGAAUGUAUGCUAUAGAUACCGCAGCACACCCAGGGGGUGUAAGGAACUCUUGUUUUCAGAUAAUGUGUUAGUUUCCCUGGGAAACCAUUUUCUAGUAAUUUGGACAUGCCUUACAAAAUGUUUGGCUGGGAACCAGUGGCUCAUUCAACAGGGCACUUAACACAAAUCGGAAGGAUGUGUUGGUUCUAGAGCUGAGCAGUAUUUGUGGUAAACAUUAAAAGUAGCAGUUACUUAUCCUGUAGCAUUAUGUGAAAUCCAGGUCUGCUGGUGAGAUAAUCUGUUUUCUAAUAACUGUUGUCAUAAAGUACAACAUCCACAGUGCUCAUAAAUGAGAAAUUAAUGGUUUGUUUUUAUUUAAGAAAGGAGUUUGAUGCAGGCAAAAUAAUGUACAGAUUGUUAUCACAAGAAAUGUGUGAAAAACUCUUGCAAUGCAAGAUCAUACCCAGGAUCUUGGAUACCAAAAAUGUAACUUAUAUUGGUAUUUUGCAGAAAAAUAUGAGUAAUCUGUUAUGAAUUAACUUACUAAGAAUAGUUCCAGUAGGAAUUAAAGUGUGAAAAUAAGUUCUAGCUUUCUCAUCUGUAAUUGAAAAAAGUUUAAUUUGCUUUUAAUAAUAUGAGUGAAGUGUUUGCUUAUUCAGACUUUUUAGGGACAGUUUGUAAAUGUGACUUGAUGUACACAUUUUCUUGCAAAGUAAUUGUCAGUUUAGGAAGUCACAUUUAAGUCAAAUGUUGAAGGGGAAAAAUCUUUCAGCGGUUGUAGCCUGGUUUUUAUUUACUAACUUACAGAAUAUAAUUAUCUGUUAAUUUUUUUGUGUGUUCAGAACUUUCUGGUACUGAAGUGUAGUUUUGGCAGGAUAGAAAUACUCUAGUGUGUGUAUAUAUAUAUAUAUAUAUAUAUAUAUAUAUAUAUAUAUAUAUAUAUAUAUAUAUUGUAUUUAUUUUCUUCUUUUAAGGACCAAAACUCUGAGCUUUGUUUAGGUAAUAAACCAAUAACACAGCAGGGGAUGUACUGCCUGUACAUACCUCUUAACUGUCCAGAUUUUUGCCUCAAAAGUUCAGUCUAUCCCUCAUAAAGUUUGGCUUUCUUGCAAAUCACUGAGAUGAUCUAAGGAAUGAAAUUAGUAAAUAAUAUCAUACAUUUCAGAUUAAACUUGAUAGCCUUUAGAAAAUGCAUAUUAAUACAUACCCUCUUAUACUAACAACUUUUUAAAUUUGUAAGAGUAAUAUUUAAAAUAUUUCCCUAUUUUGGGGUCUCUGUACCCCCAUUGUGUCAAGCUUUAUCCAGAUUUUUUGGGCUAAAAGGAUGACAGGUAUGCAAACAUAUAUGGACUUGUGUACACUUCUGUUAUCACAGACUUUUCAUUUAGACCCAACUCUAAUUUGCACAAAGCAUCUCUUUUUGAGUAGACAUGAGUUUUUGGUAACAGUUCCACCACUCCAGAAAGCCAUUACUGCCACAUCAGUUUCUGGCAGCUUCUUCUCUGCCCAUCUAGUACUUUUUGUCUAGCAGAUAUCUCAUGAUAGCAAGAGUAGCUUCCUUUUAGGGGUUCUAGUCUUUAAUACUUAGCUCUAACUUGGGUCUUGUAUAGAUUUAUUCCUUUGACACCAUAAUGCUUUUUCAUGUGUACAUGUAUGUAUAUAAAGAAAUAAAUGUAAUAUAAAGUAUAUUUUAUUUCUUUGAAAUUUAGAUUUUUAAGAAGUCGGUCUACCCCUGUCUAUUUUGAUUUGAUUUGUUUUAUCUGCUGAGAUUUUACUGUAGUUGAAUAAAACACUGCAUAUCACAAACA